UUGUUUGGUAGGGCUAUUAUUAUUAAUGUAACUUAGUUUAACUUGUAAUGGCAGCUUUAAUUUUAAACUGGAAUUAGACAGCGGUGAAAGUAAUAAUAAUGAAGAAAACGUUAAAUACAGAGAAAACUGAAAAGUAUAGUGUCGGCACAAAAUACAAAAGUAGUUUUAAAUAUUUAAUGGGGUUACUUUAAGUUAUUUUCCUCACUAACAAAAAUCUAAAACAACAGGAAGAAGUUAGGAAAUUGUUUUAGUGACUGUGGAUGACAUUUUCAUUUGUUGAAUUUCAAGGAUGUUGAGAAUUGGUAUUGAAUACCAAAUAUAUUAAAAAAACAUUAUACAACAGUGCCAUGGCCUGUAAUAGUGAGGAAACUCUCCAAAACCAAAACACAAAUGUUUUAAACCCUCAUAAGCAAACAGCUAAUAGUCUCACUUCCUCACCAAGUAAUGUAAAAGCAGCAUUCAGUUCACCUCUUGACAGACAAAUAAAUGACUACCUUGAUCAAGAAGAUAAUGAGGAAUUCCCUGAAGUUAUGACUGGUUCAUAUGGGGAAAUAUCAUUUGAUCAAGAGCUAACAUGUGACACAACCAAAAUAGUGGCAGGACUUGAUCAUGAUACACCUGUUUCUGGUAUUGGCAAACUGGGAUUUGUCACAAAAGAUCAGCAUGUGUCAGAAAAUAAUUUUGCAGCAACUCGAUCUAGGCCAACAAGCUUAAUAUUGGAAAGCACUCAGUUACCUAUUGUGCAUAUGGAAAAUGCAGAUAUAUAUGAGAACAAACAUAUCGGAGAUGAAGAUCAAGAAUAUGAUCGAGUUAAUAGGUCUCAACAGACCUCUGAAGCACAGAUUUUAAGUUUUGAAGAUUCACCAUCUAUCAGCUCAGAAGAAUUUGUAUCAUCAUAUGGACAUCGCAGGACAGGGAGUGACACAAGUGGAUUAUCGGAACUUCAGGGCAUGCUAACCUUUGAUGGUGACAUGGUUUCAUUUGUUGCAGAUGAUCUUCAGGAGAAGAUUAGACUAAGUAGUCCAAACUCAAGAAGAGGGUCUAGAUCAUCAACUCCAAGUUUGUAUCGACAGGCCUUGACUCCUCAAGUGCCCCUGCUAGAUCCUGGAGCCCUUGCAGAUCUGGAAAUGCAGGCACACAAAGUUGCUUCCUGUCUAGACAAUAUGUUGGAAAAUCUCAGUGGCACCCUUCAUAGUAUAUCCUCUUUAACAGUAGACUGCAUGGAAAACUAUGAAAAGGCAGUUUGCAAAACAUGUGAUGCUGUGGAUUCCAAUACAAAGGCCAUGUACCAGUUGAUGGCAAAGUGUGAAGAACUAAGUAAUUCCAUGAAGCCAGUGUACAAAAUGUCUGAAGAAAUUAAAGAAAUUAAGAGAGUGAUAGACUGCUUUGAAAACAUCGUUGAAAGAAAAAGUUAAUUGGUGCCAUUGUAUAACAUUAGUUGUGAUUAAAGCUAAGCAAUUAAUCAAUUAGUAUCACAUAAAGUAAUUGAUUAUUUGAAAUUACAAGUAAAUCUAUUAAUGUCAUGAAAAUAUCCAACUAAUUAAAAUUACUGUUUUUGAUUAUUCCAACUAUCCAAGUAACUGAAAUAUCGCCAUUAUGACUUCUCAUUAUUAUUUCUGAUACUUCAAAGUUGUUAAACUUAAUCAGUGUCACAAUUCAAGAAAAAUAAUCAUGUGUUCAAAAUUAGUGUUUCUGCUUCUUACAAUUUUCAGUUAUUCUAACUAUCCAAAUCUCAUGUAAAAAUAAUCAGUUAAUUGAAUCUAAUUUAUUAAUGAGCCCAAUGAUUCGUUGAUUAGCAAAUUCCAACAAUUUUCCAUCUGUAGUUGUGAUACACAUUGAUAGUUAUAUCAAAACUGCUUGUUUAAAUGUAGGUGUUAAAAUUAUAAACAAUGAGUUUUAUUAGUAUGUUUGUGUUGUGUAAUAAAUUAAUCAACUGAUUUCAAAGAGCUAGCUAAUUUUAUUUUCUGUACUAGUUUUGUACAUAUCUCAAAAACUUCAAAUUGUCAAACUUUUAGAUUAAAGUAACUAAGGUCAUACUUAGAAUCCAUUUUUAUAGUUUAAUAUUUAGCUGAUUUCACUUUCUCUUGUGAAAUUCCAAGAUUUUUUUUUUUGCUUUGCUUUGCUACUAUGAAUCCCAGGUUAAUAGUGUAUAUUGAAAGAAAGGAUUUAACAGACCAGCCUUUAUGGUCAAUUUUGGAACCUUUAAUUCUACAGCUGCUUGAGGUAAACAACAGUUGAAUGUACAUGUCCGGGAAGCAGCUUGUGUACAUACACAAGACUUGUGCCGCUUUUUGAAAUGGAGAUCUUCUUGACAGUAUUGGAUACGUUUGUCUUUGGCACAUGGAUGAAUUUGCUGCAGACUUUUGUGUUUAUGGAUUCUCACCUAUUGCAAAUUUCUGUACUUUGCUUACCAUGACUAUGGGUACAGCUUGUUGCAGGUCUCUUUUUUAAAUCAUGCUGGUACUCCAAGUUGAUCCAUAUUAAUUUGUUUUUCCAAUGCCAUUAAGUACAGAGGAUAUCCCUCUCUUGAAAAUACUUGAAAGUCCUUGAUCUGAACACAUCUUUACAGUUUAAGUGAAUUAAUAUUUUGCAUUGGGGAGGGCUGUUACAUAUUCUAUUCAAAAGCAAUCAAUUUUCAGUGGUAUCACACUAUGUACUAAACAAUGUCAUAGUGUAGUUCUUAUAUAUUUUGUUCCAUAGUGACUUUAGUUUGACUGUGGUUGUCAUAUGACUUGCUGAUUUGCAUAUUCAGAAUCAUUUUAAUAUAAAAACUGAAAUCUUUGUAGAAACUUUAACAUAGCAGAUUCAUUACUGCUAAGUUACGUGAGCUUUUCAACAAAGGAAGAAACAACUGAUUUAAACAUUGUGAACAAGGAUUUUUAUUUUUAUAAUUUUGGAAAAAUUUUAAGUUAGAAAGUUUAAAGAAAAUGUUUACAAGUAAAUCCAUGUAAUAUACAAAGUUAUUGAAUUCAACAAGUACAAAUAAAUCUGAAUGUAUUUAUAAAAACCUGUGACUCAAGAUUUUUUAUCAAUAAAUUUUAAAAUUGCAGAUGUCAAAUCAAAUCUAGAUGCUCAGAAAUGAUAUAAAACUGUGUCUGAUAUGCUACUUAGUAUGUUUUCAUCAUAAUUUGUUGGUUUCUCAAGUCAGUGAUGUUUAACUAGCCUGCUAAAUUUUGGAAGUUAAUGGGGUAUUGAUAUAGCUGGAGUAAUACAUAGGUGGAACAGCAUUUGUGAUAAGAGAUAUAGGCCAGAUGGAUUCUCGUAUUCCAUAUUUUGCAGUUAAUGAUGUUUGAGGUGCAAAUUGUACUGUUCUAGCUUGCAAGUUUGUUUUUAAAAAUUGUAUCCCUCCCUUCCCCCCUCAUGAAAUGUUUAAUUCAGUUAGAGUUAAAGUCUGGUUUGUAAAGUUGUUGACAAGACAACCACCAUCUGUUGACUUUUUCUCCUGGGUUGCCUUUAUCUUGUCUUUGAAAUAUUUUGGUAGUAAUUCUCAUAAGCUGGUCAGUAGAAGUUGUUUCCAGGCUGCAGCACCAAUUACUUAUUAUGCUCUUCAUUGUGCUGAAACCCCUCUUACAUCAAGCAGUAAGUAGGGGUUAAAUGUUGCAGAGGUGUAUUACUAUCAGGAUUUUCUUAAAGUCUUCUGUAUCGGUAUCAUUCAGGCUUAUAUACUGUCUCACGUGACUAAUGCUGACAAACAGAAGGCCAGUUUGCCUGAUAUAUAUCUUUAUUUCUCUUCCAACUCACUCAGGACACUGUUGUGUAUAAAGUGGUACUGAAAUUAACAGUUAGAUGUUGAACUUAUUAUAUGCCAUAAAGAUGAAUAUGCUGGUUAGGCCAAUACUUAUAGUCAAACAUAUUUGUUCUUUCAAAACUAUAUUAGUUUGGUUACCUCUAAUACAUUUAUUCAAGGUGUCAUUAAUAGAUAACAAUCUGUUUUUGUCAUAUGUCAGAUCUGUUUUAGUUUUCACAUUGCUUAGUGAGUGCUCCUUUAAUUGUCCUUUCUGAAAUGUAUGCCAGAACUAAUUUUCCAUGGAGCAUUCUUCAUCCUGCAUUGAAAGUGCCACAAUCUGUGCACAUUCUGGUUUGGCCAGUACACUAUGCAUAGUGAUAUCAUUUUGCUGAAACAUUAAGGAGAAAUUGUUGAUUUCUCCUAAAAUAUCUUGAAGUAGGAACAUCUAAAAAACAAACUGAACUUUCUUAGAAAACUGCACACACUAUUACUUUGUUUUUGUCAGGUUUCUUUUUGCUCUCAGAAAAAUUUUCCAUAUGCCCAAUUACACUUGGCCUCCUUUCAGAAACUUGGAAAAAACCAAUAUGAAAAUGUUGUAUAUACAUGUUGUUUUAUUAUCUCUGCUAGGCUCAAGAAUUGAUCUUCCAAUAUUUUUUGCCUCCUUGAAGGUUUUUGUAAAACAGGUUAGUGGAUUUCAGCUGCUUCUGUUGUGUAUGACUCUUUAAUGAUGUCAUUCAGGGCAAAUUCCAAAUGUAUGGGUAAUGCAGUGUAUUUGAAUGGGCCAAGGUGGCAUCUGCUGCCCAAAGUGUGCAUGUACCAUGUAUUUCCAAAAUUGACUUUUGCACUAGCCACUUUAAAGUCUGUCAUUUUAGAUUUAAAUUCACUUGAAAAAAUGUUGGAAGGCUGUUUCUAGUUUUUCCAGAAUAUCCUUAGACUUAGCAUUUAUACACUAAUGUAAGGUAUCCAAUAUAAAAAUUAAAGUUUUUUUAUUAUUUAGGCAUAUAAAAUAUCAUGAUAUCUUUUCCUGUGCUAAUUCUGUUUAUGUUAUCAUCAGCGGUUUCAGUGGUGAAAGCCCUAUAUGCUUUUGUCAUUCCUGUAGAUUCUCUCCAUUGAGAUAACAAUAUCUGUCUGCUUUUCUGAACAAAUAUUCCACCUUUAGAAGAAUGUCAGAAUCCUGUUUUUCCAUACCAUGAUAUCUUUUCUUGUGUUAAUUCUGUUCAUGUUAUCAUCAGCAGUUUCAGUGGUGAAAGCCCUAUAUGCUUUUGUCAUUCCUGUAGAUUCUCUCCAUUGAGAUAACAAGUCUGUCUACUUUUCUGAACAAAUAUUCCACCUUUAGAAGAAUGUCAGAAUCCUGUUUUUCCAUACCUCCUCCUUAUUUCUUUUUCUAGCUUCUGUAGCACACAAGUUCACUUAUGUGAGUAUCAAAUUUGUACUGUUUUACCAAAUACUUUUUAUACAAAACAGUCAUAAAAUGUGUUUUGAAAAAUAUACAUGCUAACUGUUGUCCAUUGACAUCCAAAUAAAAUGAAGAGUGACUCUGAAUAUCAUCAUGUUUGAAGCAACAUUUUAUUAUCUACAAUACCAUCACCAUGACACUUAAAGUAUUUUGUUUUUAACAAGUCCACUUUCCACACUUAACAUCUUAAUGGUUUUCAUUGUGUGCUUGUACAUAUUGACAUCUAACUUCUUUUUCACUGAAAAUUCUAUACUUGACUGAUGUAAUUAUGCUUAAAUUAGUUUGGCUAUGCUUCAUAACUUUCUGGAUUAUAUUGUUAGGUGAAGUUGAUUGUGUUAAUAUUGAAUGAUCAGUAGUGCUCGUUAUUAUGACUUCUUGGUGAUGAAACCACAAUGUGAUCUUUUUUUUUACCUCAAAUAAUUAUCUUUCAUUUUUGUAUUUUUGCUUUCAUAGGUAUGGAUUUUUAAAUGAAAUCUGGCAUUUUUUAUGUAGUUGGGCUUUGGGCAUUUGGGAAUAAUGUUAAUUAUGCUGCACACAGUUGAUUAACUAAGAAAGAUAUGAUACUCGUAGUAGUACUGUUCACAACAUUAUCAACAAAAAUUUAUAUUUUCACUAUGUAUAACUGGUAGUCCCUAUAAACACUUGGGUUGAAAUUCAAAAAUAAUCGAAUUGUUAGUGUGAUAAUUUUAUCUAGAAGCUUAAUGUCUGAAAGUUUAUUUUGGAAAUAACAGUUUUGUCUACAAAUACCUCCACACUUUAUUAUUGUAAGUUUUGUUUUUAAUUUUAUAUGUUGUGUAGUGUUUGCUAGAGGAAAAUUUGGUAUGACACAGUAAUGAUAUAUCAUAUCUAGAAAUUUUCUGAGGGUCUAAAUUUAAUUUGAUAUGUGAAAUUUUCAUAAUAUCUGGGAAAAAAUAUAUAAAAACACCAGGGUCAGACAGUGGACUAGUUAGUGAGUCUGUUAAUCAAUCAGUUUUGACUUUAACAAGUAAAUGACUGUCAAUUUUUAUUUGAGAGUUAGAUCUAUCACUAGGUUAUCUUCAAUUCGUGAAAUUGUGUAAGUUUUGGUUGAAGGAAUAAAAUGCUUUACUUUCCAUUAA